CCUCAGAAACUUGCUCCUCAACGGGCACAAUCGAUAUCACUGCCGCCAGUGUCCAAUGACUCACAGUCUUCAGUCUUUCAUCCCGACUUCAACGCUUCCGCGAGAUCUAGGAUCUCUCAAAAUGGUUCAAGCGCUCAGGUGCAAAAUCAUCCAACCGCCUCUGAAUCAUCGACUGGCCGUGAGGAUGGCCGGGAGCUAGAGAACCGUCUGGUGAAAUUGAUUGAUGAAGAAGAACCGGACCGGCGCGAGAUCCAACGAGGGGUGCGUGCGAUCUACGUGGGCCAUGAUGUGUCGAAUAUGUCGUUCCUGCUCCGUCAACGAAGAGCUGACGAUGGUGGUGACGAUGUGUAUCACUUUGCUGGCCACGAGAUUCCACGGCGUCGCCUCGAGAUUGGCCAUGAUCAACUGCUCCAGGAUGCCCUAACUCUUCCGGAGCCGUCUCUAGCGGAUGAAUUGGUCGGAGCUUACUUUACUCACGUCAAUCCAGGGUAUCCAAUUGUUGAUGAAGAUCUGUUUAUGACUCAGUAUCGGAAUCGGGAUCCUGCAGACCCACCCCCUAUAUUGCUUCUUCAAGCGAUUCUUCUCGUUGGGGUUCAUGUUACUCGCCAGCGACCGGACCGGGAUGAGCUUAAGGCGGUCUUCUUUCGCCGCUGCAAGUGGCUUUUUGACAACCGAAUCGAGCGGAAUCGAGAUAUCCUCGUUCAAGUGGCACUGCUGUUAACUUGGCAUUCCGACACCGUCGAUGAUGAUGUCGCGGCCAACGCUCACUAUUGGGUAGGAGUCGCAGCCAGGAUUGCAACUGGCCUUGGGAUGCAUCGCGAUCCCGUGUCAAGCAAGUUUGCCGCCAGCGACAGGCGGAUGUGGAGGAGGGUGUGGUGGAUUCUGGUUCAGUUCGAUGUAAUGGUUUCCCUGUCCUAUGGGCGACCACAGGCCAUCAACCUCGAAGACAGCGAUGUCCGCCCUCUUACACCCGAGGAUUUUGUAGGAUGUGGGCCUCUGGUACAGACUGACUACGUAAUUCACUUCACGGAGCUUUGCACCAUGAUAUCGUACAUUCUUCGAGAACGUUUUGGCCUGCGAGUGAGUGCGGAACGCCGAAAAGCCGUCCUCCCCGAGGCAGACGAGGCUCUGGCCAAUUGGUCACUCCGACUCCCUGACACUCUACGACUGCGCACCUCCGAUAUGGAUACGUGGUCCGCAAUGCUCCAUCUGACUUAUAAUAACUUCCUGAUCCUUCUGCAUCGACCGCAUCCGAGAGCGUCGGCCUAUUCCGAUGACUAUGGGCCUCACGAUGCGGAAAUCUGCAGUGCCGCUGCGGGCGUGAUCACGUCAAUAUUUGAAGAACUUCGCCAAAAGGACCGCAUCAAAUAUCUGUGGUGUUCAGGCGUCUAUACUUUGUUCACAGCUAUGAUUCAGGUUCGCGUCGAACUGCGGUUCUCGAAUCCGGUGUUGGCCAUCAACGCCCUUCGACGGUUUGACUCCACGAUGCAUUCUCUCCGGGCGCUGGCAGAAUACUGGUCCAGCGCGGAGACUAUUCUCCGGCUUUUUGAAAACUCCAAGCGUCUCAAGCAGGAUCUGCGGAUCGUCAGUAAUGAGGCCCCGGAUCACUUCAGCGUUCCGCGAAAGCAGAGUGCCAGCGGCGGUUCAACGUCCGACGUCUCUCCGUCCACCAUGUCAGCGCCUCAGGCGAACGGGCAAUCGCUACCACACCGUGAGCAGCCUCCGCCUCUCAGUCAAACCCCAAAGCCUCCGAUGGGCCCAUCUCCAGUUCCGCAGAGCGAGACUUGGAUGGCUGGGCCGUCCCGGGGUGGCGUGAAUCCUUUCGAUCGUGCGGAGGACAUGUCAGGCGUUCCGCCGGUCGCACCCAUGGAUCAGCCACGGGAGUACUUGGACUGGCGGCAGCUUUUCCCGUUUGCUGAUUCCGACCAGCCUGGUCCCAUGGCCAUGGAAGGGCUUCCAGAUAUGGAGGAUGAAUGGCGACAGCUGUAUUGGCAGGAGCCACCGAUGUCAGAUCUGUUUCAGGACGGCGGUUGGAUGCAUGGCUGA